AUGAUCAAUUAUUAUUCUAAGAAAAUAAAAGGAAUUUUGGAUAAUUUAUUAGAUUUAUUUAAUGGGGAGAUCUAUCUCUUACAAUAUACAAGGUAUCCAAAUCAAAAAUUUGGUGUUUUGGCUAAUAUUAGUUCUUCCAAGAUUCCUUCAAAGUUUGAAGAUCAACAAGCUAGAUAUAUGAUAGAUUUUUGGUAUUAUGUAAAG